UAACUCAUCUAGAAUAAAUUGAUUAAUCACUCUAAUACGUUCUUCGAUAAAAAGGGUAGAAAAUGGUUCGAAGUUUUUCUAGAGGAGUCAAGAUACUUAACAAUGAAUAUUAAUCUCCGAUUGGUGAACUGUUAUCUCUAACGAUCAAGGUAAAUGUUUAGGAUACAAAUUUUCAUGUAACUCACAUCUCGUUUUAAGAUUGUCAUGUUUAAUACUAUAUAUAUGAUAGAAGUGACCGCUUUCAAAAAGUACAGGCCUUCUAGUGAUAUUAGUCCUAUAAACUAUUGGAAAAUAAUCAAACUAAGCUAGAUGCAUCCCCUUCACUAAUUUGGAGCUUUGAGCCCACAUGGACAUGGUGUAUCUAUUAUCUAGAGUGCUACAAGAGCAUGACUCCUAACCAAGGGUUAGUUGUCAUAAAAUGAAAUAAUAAUCACUUUCAUUCCAUCGAGUAAUUCGGGUUUAGAAAUAAUAAUUACACAAAAGGAUAUCAUAAAAUGAAAUAAAAAAACAAUAAUUUGAUUAUUAGGAAGUGAUGUGUUGGCCAAAGAUCUCGCAACUAGGGCUGGCUAUUUGGUCCGGGCUAUUUGGUUUUAUCCAAAAUCGGACCGUAUAAUCCGGACUGGGACCGGACCGGAACCGGAUAACAAACAAUCCAAUCUUCGGACUUGGAUUUGAGGUAAAAAACCAUUUGGGACCAAAUAACCGGAGAACAAACAAUUCAGACAUCAAACCAUAACAUGACAAUUUGAAUUGUACAAUACAAUUAUACAGAUAGAUUUAUCCUUUUUAGCUAAUUUUAUAGCAUUUUGAUUUUUCUUUACAUUCAUUUACCCCUACUAAGGUAAUUUACAACCCUAGUAGUUUAGUCCAUCAACCAACUUUCGAAAUCAAUUGAAGCUUUUUAGCGCGCAGAAAUGGACAGUCGAGCUCGGAAUUUGCUAGAUGAAGCCCUAGGGCUGGACCAGCUGACCCAAUCGAAGUCGCCUCUUGGCGGGAAAGCAGUUCUGAUCGAGGACUGCGUAGAGACGAGCGGCUCCUUCGUUCUUCACCAGCUUAUCAAACGCCUGCUUACUGCAACUCCCAACUCCUCCAAUGUCGUCCUCUUCCUCGCCUUCGCCAACCCUUUCUCCCACUACGACCGCAUUCUCCGAAAACUCGGCUGCAAUUUAGCUGCCCAGAGAGAGAACGGUAGGUUCAUUUUCGUUGACAUGCUUAAUGUUCAGUGCCCAGAAGGAAAAGCUGGUGGUGGUAGAAGUGGGUUGUUUGCCUUGUUUGCAAACAUCACCAAAGUCUUGAAUUCCUUGCCUGAAGGCAACAGGAAGUGUCUCACGAUCGUGAUAGAUGAUGUUUCUCUGAUAGAGGUGGCUGCACAUGGAUCUUCGGAUCAUGUUCUGGACUUCCUGCACUAUUGCCAUGCUCUAACAUCAAACCAUGGAUGUUCGUUGGUCAUGCUUAAUCACGACGACAUCUACUCGAGCAUGGACAGGCCGGUGUUUCUAAAACAGAUGGAGUAUGCUGCAGAUGUUUUGGUAAAGGUGAAACCUUUAGCCACUGGUUUGGCUGCUGAUGUCCAUGGACAGAUGCCCGUGUUGAACAGAGAUCAGUGCAAUAGGAGAGGAAGCUUGAAUAACGGAAUGAACAAUUUCCAGUUCCGGAUCAAGGAAAACAGUGUCGAGUACUUCUAUCCUGGAGCUCGAACUUGAAAGAGCCUAUAGGUCAUUUGUGUCUAGGAGCUAGAAACUUCUCAACGUGGGACAAUUCUUUUAGCUUACAGGAGUAGAUGAGCUUAUUCUCAUGGGGGAAGAACCCCAUCAGAGAGCAGGGAUGAUUGGAUUCACCUGCAUCAGAUUGUUAGGGUUCUAAAUCUUUUCCCUUCAUGCCUACCGUUCUUUUUCUGUUCAAAUUUGUAACGAGAUUGGCAUUCGUCAACUUCCUCUCCAGUUGAACUCUCUUCAGCUUCUUGCUUAAUCAUGUUGGAGAUGGAUUACAAGUGAAGCAGAAUUCAAUUAAGAUAUACUAACAAGACCACAUUGGAAAGCCUGCAAAUAGGAAGAAAAACCUAGCAGAGCAAGAGUUCGCUGCUGUCGUCUGUCUGAUGUUAUUUGAAGAAUUGAAGUAGUUGGUACAAUACAAUCCUAACCUGGCA